GAUACAUCUCACAAUUCAAAUUUGUCGGAGUGAUCUUUUUGUUUUUUUUUUCGUCGAUUCUAUCGAUCCUCAUGCUGCGUGUCAAAAGUUACGGCGGAUCAUUUUUUCUACGUUACUAUUAUUUCUCAUCCUAACAAACUUCGUCGGCCUUGAAUCAAUUCUCGCACGCCCUUAAUCCUGCCAAUUUCUUCUCUUUUUGUUCUUCCUUUUUCCUUCACCCUUUCAUUUUCGUACAAUUCUGAUAUUUUCUUUUUCUCGCACCCGACACGCGAAUUCAUCACACACGCAGCAGACACACUUAUACAUAUAAAUAUACAAUAUACACAGAGCGACCCAAUUCGCGUUUUCAACUGUGCAAGAAUUAUACAGUUGAAGGGUGCUGCCGAAAAGCACGGGACACAUACACACACCCCUAUGUAAAAAGAAAUUCUGUUGUGCGUGUCCAAGUCAGUUGACCUUAUAACGUAUUAUACCUACUUUGGCGUUCUUUUAACGAAAUUGAAUCGCGCCAACACACUUCAUCAAUAAUAAUAAAAAUAAAAAUAGCAACAACAAAAACAAUCCGAUAUAAAACACGACCGUUUCGAUCGAUCUGUAAUUUUUAUGCGAACCGUUAUUACUAUGCACGACUUCUCUUGAGUCCAUAAAUCGAACGCACAAAAAAAUCAAAAUAAAAAAAAAAAAUUCAAAUAAAAAACCGCCCCACGGUACGAGAAAUAAGAAAUUAAAAAAUCUCUUCUUUCUUGCAAAUCUGCAGUGAGACCCGGCAUUCAUGUGUUACGAUCCGCCUGAUAAUAAUAACAAUUAUCACUGUAAUCACACGGUAUAAUCACGAGAGGAAGAACUGAAGGAAAAUAUAUCACGUUACAUGAAUGUGCAUAUGAACGAGGAAAAAAUCUUAGAUAUAUUCCGCGAAACGUAGCAGGUAAAACAGAAGCUCAGAGAAAUCUAAUCAAGGUUAAAAGAAGAUAAGAAUAUUCGAAAAAAAAAAAAAAAAAAAAAAAACCCCAAAACCAAAUAAAGCGUCGAACUUGGCCGAGAGUAAUAAAAAUCCGGUGUCGAUUGAAUUCUUACCAUAUACAUAAAUGCAAGUACAUGGAUCGCAUGCCGGUCUAUGUAUUAUAAUAUAAUAGGUACUUUUAAGGACUUUGCGUGCGAGCUUGCGGGGGACCAAUAACCAUACGAACACGACGUGCUUGAAAAGUGGGCGAGACUCUUCCGAAGGUGGAUUACAACAUCGAUAUGUGUAGUAGAUAACGUCGGUAGAGUAAAAAAAAAAAAACAACAAGAUUGAUUAUAUUUUUCUUCUUUUUUUUCGUUUAAACGAAGAAAAAAGAAAAAAAAAAAAAAACAGAUUCAAACAAAAUCAACGAAUAAAACUAAUUAACACCUACACCGCAGAGGCGUGGUACAUCGAAGAGGAGAAAAUAAAAAAAUUAUAUCGUACUCGCGUCAAUUGACUCUGGUGGUCAAUAGAUAUUUAAAGUAUAAUAUAGGGCGUGGGUGAAAAAUGAAAAAAGGUGAAAAGUGAUUAAAAAAAAAUUAUUUUUUUUUUUUCUAAAUACUUCGGUUCAUCGAAAGAACCGUCGGUGUUAUUUUAUCGAGUGCCUGAGAACGUCGUUCGUACGGUGUGAAUAAAUAAAGAUCGUGUACGAUCUCAUCGUCGUGCGAAUCGUCAUCGUCAUUUUGCUCUGGUGAAGUAGUUCUCGUGUUACAUAAAUAUUAAUUUUAAUAACCAGUGUGUAUUAAGUAAAACACGUAAUUACUAAACGAGGAUCGGUGGUCACGCCGAGUGCGUAUUUUCAAGGGAAUCGCGUGUACAUACAGUGACACCGCACAGGUCACCGCAUCUGUACAGUUUGUAAAAUAUAUGUAUUUAUCGAAACCGUAUUACAGCCUCAACAUUCCAUAGUGAAACCAAAAAAAAAAAAAAGGAGAGAAAAUAAAAAAAUUCAUACAAAAAAUAAAAUUACAAUUAAUGAUACCGCAAAUAAUAGAACGACACACAUGUAACCCGAUAACAUAAAAUUGUGUGACGAAACGCACGAAACCAAAAAAAAAAAAAAACGAAAAAAAAACGAAAAAUAAAAUCAAUUACCCGACGAACAUUUCGAUCGUAAGAAUAUAAAAUAAAGUCGAACAAAAAUUGUUACAGAGAUUUAAUACGAGUAUUACAAUAUAAUUCUAAUAGGUAGUAAAUCUAAUUUUCAAACGCAUUUGAGAAACCGGAAAAUUCUUUUCCUCUCUUUAUUACUUUUUAAAAUAAAAAGUGAGAAACGGAAACUUAAUUAAUAUAGAAUACGCUGGCUCGUGUGAAGAGAGUAUUUAAAAUAUAAGAGAAAAGGGACUUGCGUAUUUUGUAAACCGUGACUGCCUGACAUUGAUCUCUAUAAAAAUCACCUCCCUAGUAAUAAAAAAAAAAAGUUAUUAUAGUGAUUUUUAUUUUUUCGUUCGCUGUCUAUCGCCUGUAACUAUAAAAUAGAAAUUUAAAUUACACAUAGGUAAAUCCGUGAAAAAGAGAAGAUAAAAAUUAAAAAAAACUUCUCCCGAAAAAGAAGACGGAUAAAACGAAAUCAAAAGCUUUCGCAGCGGUAGCGCGCGCGACAAUACAAUUAGAAAUAGACGAAAAUUAAGAAACGGGGAGAAAUGAACAGCAAUAAUUUGAACAACUCGAGCGAACAUAGCUACUUGUGUUUGGUAGCGAUAUACGCAAUACACGUGAUCGUGAUGAAUGUUUAUUCACCAUCGCCGGAUGCACGUUUUACUAACGUCACGACAUCACUUCCGUCUGCACAACUCGACCCGCGACCGCCGAUGGCUAACAGAUGGAAGAUUCAUUCCACCGUUGAAAUAACCGGUGAAAAUUUCACGUACCUAUUUCACAAUCACACAGGUUACGCCAACGGUGCUGUCGAGUCGCCCGCAACCGGUGCGCCCCUGUCGAAAAAUAACACGGAUUACCCGUCGGGGGUCAACGAUACCGAAAACGGAGGCGGCACUCUUUCGGGAAGCAGAAUUAUCGGCGGGUCCAACGCGAACAUCGGACAAUUUCCGCAUCAGGUCUCUCUAAGACGCACGUCGAACGGGGUACAUUUUUGCGGCGGGAGUAUAGUGGACGAAGAAUGGAUCGUAACGGCCGCGCAUUGCAUGUACAGUGACGGGCGUCGAAUAGGAGCUUCGACGAUAACGAUUUACGCCGGUGAUCUUUUACUGGACACGGUGUCGUCGACUUCGCAGAGACGAAUCGUCAAAAGUAUAUUCGUUCACGAAAACUUCAACUUAUCGACGCUGAGAAACGACAUCGCUCUUCUAAAGCUGCGGUCGAAACUCAUUCUUGACGAUAAAAUAGUAGCGGCAAAAACCCUGAGAAACUACACCGUCGAGGAUGGAACUAUUUGCCAAGUGUCCGGAUGGGGCGUAACGCGAUACGCCAAUUCCGUACUGAGUAACAAACUGUUGUACGUCGACGUACCGAUAGUGAACAGAACGUUGUGCCAACGUUUGAUGAUAAGCUAUUCCGAUAUCCCGGAACUCAUGAUCUGCGCGGGUUAUUUGGAAGGCGGCUACGACGCCUGCCAGGGUGAUUCCGGCGGCGGAAUGAUCUGCGACGACGUGUUGGCCGGUGUAGUUUCGUGGGGAAACGAAUGUGCCUUGGCUAAUUACCCCGGAGUUUACACGAACGUUUACGUCUACAAAGAUUGGGUACUAGAAACGAUCGCCACUAACGCAUCCUCACCGAUAUCCCACAAAGGUUCCAGCGCCGCUGUGUGGGGUGUAUUCUUCGGAUGCCUAGUCUUCCUGUUCACUUACACUGACCGUGAAAAAUUCGACAGUGAGGUCAUGUAGACCUAAUUAUCCGAUCAACUUUAAUUAUAACUUGUUGAUUAGUUUCAUUAUCCCUAUCACGGUUAUUAGUAUUAUUUAUGUUACGUGAUUUGAUCGUUUUUUUUUCUUGAAAACGCCCAAAUCUCUCCGAACGAGAUAGAAAAAAAACAAAUAAACAAAUAAAUCGCGACGUCUUAAAAUUUUCGCGUCGUCGUCCGGCUGCCAAUAAAUGCUCGUCUUAAUUAAAUUAAUGCUUUCUUUUCUUAAUUAAAUGUACAUUAAUUACUACGAUGAUUCAUACAGGCAUCUGUAACUUGUUAAAUGUUAUUAUAUGUUUUAUAAAUAGUCAUUUUUACAUACGUGCAAAAUCACGUUGCACAUACGUAACGUGCUAUACAAUAUGUGUAUAUAAUAUACAGUCAUUAUAAUGUAUAAGUAACACCUCUGGAAAAAAAAAGAGAGAAAAAAAGAAAAAAAAUGAAAAUGAAAAUGAGAAUGAUUCAUGCAACCGUGUGGAUCGGAUGUAAAUAAACAUAAUUAUGUAUAUUUUUCAUA